AGGGUGGGACCUUUGCCAUAUGAUUUGGUGAGAAAUGCCAAAAUGGCAUCCUCAAUCACCACUCACCCCAUAUGUUCGGUUCAAUCAUCCAAGGAAGGGAGAGAAACUCUGAAAAUACUCCAUUUCCUCAUCCUUUCACGCACCAAGAACAAAGGAGGAAGAAGGAGGGGAAAAGAGAAGAGAAAAGUUGGUUUUGGAGAGGAAAACUUAAGUUUAGCAAGGUAUUCAAGGAACUUUCACGGAGUUGAAAAGGUUGCCGGAGUUGUCGCCGGAGUUCGUCGAAGUUCGCCGGAGUUUCACCGAAGCUAAAUCGGGAAGGCUAGGACUUCAUAAGCUUCAUUAAGGUUGUGGCUAGGGUCCUACUACCUGCACCUUUGCCUAGGGUGAUCGAUCGAGAAGGAAGACGUGGUUCGUGCUUCCAUUCAUAUUUCAAAUGUAUAAACUGCUCAUGGAUUUUUGAACAAUAUUUUCAUUAAAACAGUUGGGGGCCUGCGCGCCCGUGUUUGCCACGUGUGGCUAAGUAUCAAACAUUUUAUUUUUUUCGCAUUUGUUUGAUUAUGAUAUUGAUGUUGAUUGUAUGCGUUUACUAAUCGGUUUGGCAAUAGAAUCAAUCGGACGCCUUGUACAAUCCAAUAGGGAUGAACUGUUGUUGUUCUUAUCGUGUUGUACGGCGGUUGUCUACACAAACCAUGGGUUCUCAUUGUGAACUUUUAACAUUUCCUUCAAAACAAUAAUGUUAAGGUAUUCUAAUAAUUUUAAC